AUGGAUGAAACUGAUGCUAGCGCAGGCCAAGGGCAAUCGACCACAGAUGUGCGACAAUCAUUGAAUGAGCUAAAGUUGGCUCAUUGGAUAGUCGACGCUCGGGUUCUCGAUGGACUUGUUCCCAAAGGUAUCCUUACAAGUGCAGCCACCUUGGAAGCCAAGUUGAAGAUUAGACAAUUUGGGUUUGGUCAGUCGAACCCAACGUAUCUCUUCAGGAUACUGGGGGGAGAAUUUGCUGCUGUACUACGCAAGAAACCGGAUAAAGUUGCCCAUGCCUCAGCACAUGCUUUACACCGAGAAUACCGAGUACUUGAAGCUUUGGCCAAACACAACCAGCUUCAUCCAGAUUCGACUGUUCCGGUUCCAAAAGUGUAUGCAUAUUGUAAAUCGAAACAUGUGUUAGGUGCAGAGUUCUACUUGAUGGAAUUUGUGAACGGUCGAAUAUUCACUGAUGCUUCUAUGCCUGGAUUGUCGGCGGAAGAAAGGACGAGAGCAUUCAAGUCCGUGGUCGACACAUUGUCGAAGCUCCAUCGUGUGAAUUUGACCGAAGUAGAUUUGGAGACAUUUGGAAAGAAGGGCAACUACACACAACGUCAGCUUCGGAGACUAGUAGGCAUUUGUAAACGGCAGUCAGAACUGUCUGGGAAGCCAAAUUUGGAGAUUGAAGAUUUGGCUGGACAGCUGUCACAAUACGCGCCAUACUGCCCCAACUACGUAUCACUGCUACACGGAGACUUCAAAGUCGAUAACCUUAUAUUCCAUCCACAAGAAUCUCGCGUAAUCGCUGUGUUGGAUUGGGAGUUGUCAACUAUUGGUGAUUCCCUGUGCGAUGUCGCGAACAUGUCAAUGAUGUACUUCAUGCCGAAGAGUAAGGGCACUGGUAUCUCUGGAAUUGCUGGACUAGACUUGGAGGAGCUAGGAAUCCCAUCAAGAUUAUCUAUUUUACAGGAAUACUGCAAUCUCAGACCUGAUGUUGAUUCAACUCUUGCUGGAGAUUGGAGUGGAUACUAUCUCGCUUUUCUAUUCUUCAAGAAUUGUGUCAUCGUUCAAGGAGUAGCGCAGCGUCAGCAAGACGGGGUAGCUAGUAGCUCAGUGGCCAAGAAAGUUGGUAACCUGUUACCUAUCAUCAUCAGAAUGACACAGGGAAUGAUAGAUAACUACGUGAAACCGUCGCUUGGAGUAAUACAAGCUCCUAAAAGUAAUCUAUAG